AUGAAGAUUGUGCUUGCUUUCUUUUGUCCAAUUUGGAUUUCCCCUUUAGAGAAUACGUAUCCUUGGGUUACUGGGUGGAAAUCUUCAACAGUGCUUAAAUUAGUUAACUCAAUAAGGACAAAUGGUGUUCCCAGUUUGAGUCUGGUAGAACAGAUAAGAAAGGUUGAGGCUUUGAGGGUGAAAAUAAGGUUAGAAGAGGAGAAGGUGGGGAGGGAAACGGAGAGGCAUCAAGUGGCUAUAGCAGACAUGAAGAUGGCGGAGUCGGUAAGGUUGGUGGUUCGAGUGAAGAAUGAGGAGGAAGUGAGGCAGGUGGAGGGACUGGUGCAGGUGGCACUGAAAGGAGUAAUGGCAGGACAAGAGAAGGUGAUGAAAGUGGCAGAUUGUGCAAGGCUUAGGACUUUGAGCGAAGUUUUGGAUGUUUUGAGCCCACUACAAUGUGUGGAGUUCUUGGCUGGGAUUGCAUGCUUCAAAUUCAUCUAA